GCGGGAACCGGAAGUUAUCAACUGUACGUUAUACUCUUUAGAAAAAAAGGGGGCGGAGCGAAGGAAGCGUUGUCUGUUGCCAAGGCAGCAGCCGAGGCCUAGAACGCGUGAAGGAGCCUGCUCGCAGUAGAGGCGUGCCUUCCGUAGGAACACCAAUGCCCCAUUGUUUGUGAUGGAGUAACGCCAUGGUGACCUUCCUGGUCCAUUGAAAGAAUAUGGAAAGCCUGCAGAGGGACAUCGUGGAGCUUCAGGGGACGGUCAUUGAAGUCUUCUCCCGAUCUGGACCCAUCCGGUGCCCUUCGUGGAAGUUUCCGGACAAGGCCUCCUGCGACCUGGACCUGGUUUCCUUGCUGGAGCAUUACGGCUUUGCAGAGAACGACCCCGAACUCGCCCAGCGCUCCCACGUCCUCCUCUUGGAGCUCAUCAUUGACAGGCUCCUGCUGCUCCUCCAGAGCUUCAGGGAAUAUGCGGAGAACCUGAUCAGCGAAGGGCCUUCCUCCUCCCCUUCCGGUGCAAUGGGGCCUUCCAUGUCUGUUGGGUUGGCGGUGAGGACAUACUGGGACAGCAUGGUGAAAUUGGGGAGUCUCUACCAGCAGCUGGUGAUGGAGAAAAAAGGCAACAAAGAGGAUGUUUCCAGGAGAGACCAAGCAGAGAUCAAGCGGACCAGAAGCUCUUGCUCCCAACAAUCGGAGUCAGAUGUGACCAUCCUGGGCAUGCAGGGUUCUUCCUUGACCUCGUCAAUAGCCAGUGGGCAAAUGUGUGGGCACUUCCCCAACUGUAUCCCCUCUCCAACCACCGAGCCGCCCGUGGUGCCUUGUGAAGCCUGCGAGAAGGCCCAGACCAGCCUUCGGGAAGUGGGCCACGCCAUCGUCGGCCUCUGUGAAGUCCAAAACCUCCCAUCAUCUCUGGGCAAGUUCCUUAAGACCGCGGAGGAGACCCUCAGGGCCAGACCCCUAUCCGUUGUGGACAUUGACUACUGGGCUGCCGAGCAGGGCAAGGACGUCUCCCGGAUUGGCAAGCACCUCCGGACGCUGACAGAGCUGGUGGGCCCUUUGAAGGUGGAGCUGGAAGCCGCCCAGAAGCAGGUGGAGGACUUGGAGGCCCGCCUUCAAGAGGAGAAGGAAGCCCAAGAACAGCAGAGGAAGGAGGCGGAGCAGUCGUUCGAGAAGAAGCACAAGGAGAGCUUACGGCGGGUGGGACGGUUGGAGAAAGAAAAGGAAGAUCUCCAGAACAAGACCAUUACCUUGGAGAAGAACAUCACCACCUUGAAGAAGAAGCUCCGAUUUCAGGAAGCCGCCAUCCAGGAGCUGGAGCAGGCCCAAAUGGAUCUUCUCCAGAACAUGGUGAACAAGGCCGAAGUCCGUCUCCUGGAGGAGCGUCUGGAAGCCCAGUCUGGCCAACUAGAGGAUGUCAAGGAGCAGCUGGGCCAGGCCACCACCGAGCUGGACAAGGAGAAGGCCAAAGCGGAGAGCAUGCUCCGGCACAAAGAGUCCCUCCAGGCCAAGCAGAGAGCUCUGAUGCAGCAGCUAGACCGCCUGGACCAGGAGUGCGAGGGGCUGAAGACCAGCCUGGCCAACGAGGAAGAGGAGCGUUUCCUGAUGAAGGAGAGGCUGAAGGAGACGCGGGAGAAGAGGAGGGAAGCCCAGCACCAACUGGAGGCCCAGCAGAAGCUGACAGAGAAAGCGGAGCGUGAGAAGGCCAGCGCAGAGCACUCUGCCUCGGAGCUGCAAAGGAGUCUUUCCCAACUGGGAGAACUGGUGCAGGAGAUGAAGGAGAAAGAGCGGCUGCUGGUGCUCUUCCCAGACCUUCACGUUCCCGUUGAGGCCCAGUUUGAAGGCACCGGGGACGUCCUGGAGGACAUGGCCAAGCAGCUGCAGGCCAACAACAUCCGGAUCAGCGUCUUGGAGGAGGAAAACACUAGGCUCCGCGCCGCUCUGGCCAAGAUGAAGGAGGUGGCCCAGCAGGAAGGGACAAAGGUUUUACCACCGACCCAGCUGUGGAAUCAGUCUUCGGCAGAUGCCCUUUAUGAAGACGGCGGUGUUCCCGCUCCGAUAGGGGGUCCUGCAGCAGUUGCUCUCCAGGGAGUGGCGAUCCGGCACCCUUCCCGUCAUGACACCCUUUGGAGCAGAUGCAGCCGAAGCACCAGCGCCACCUCCUCCUCCCAAAGGACUCUGGGUAACCCUCCCUCGAAGCCGUCCUCCGGAGAGUCGUUUGCCUUUGCGUACAAAGAUUUGCCGCAUGUCAAGGGAAGGGGGAGGGGCAGCCGGGCUCACCAAAAAUAAAGCCAGAGGUCACCCAAAGAA